CUCUACAUAGUAUACUAGGGCCACCAUGACCAGUCUCCCUCUCUAAUGGCUCUGAAAAGAUCCAUUUCUCCCAGACUUUCUGCAACUGUAAGUUUUCUUUCCCUCCUCUUUCUUUCUCAUUCAAAUUCAAUUUCGAAACACUAAAGCUCAUCUCCUUUCUCUCUACUGUAGCACACAGUGCAUUCCAUAAAAAACUUGCAUCUUCUUUUGCCUGUAAAUUCAUGAGGUUGAUGGGAACCAAUGGAUCUGCUUGAGCUUUCCAGUGGUAGUUUUGUUUUCAUGUUCAUAAUGCUCCAUGGUAAGUUUUUAGUUUUUUUGGCGCAAUUUCUUUGGGCUGGUCAUCCAUGUCUUGUAGUUUGUGUAUGCUCUGAGUGGAAAAGGAGACUUAAUGGAUUUGGAGCUCAAGGCCCUAAUUUUGCACCUUAAACGGUUCUUCUGUGUAAAAUGAUGGUGGUUUUGGUUAUUUUUUUAGGUUUUUAAUUGAAGAUACACUUGAUUUUGGUUGUUUCAUUGAAUUGUGGGAUAUUUAUGGAGAUCUAUUUCUUUCAGAUGGCGUGAUCUGUGUUUGGGCUGCCUUGAAAUUCUCUGUCAAAGAAGAUGGGUAGGCUUUGACAGGCUGUUCUAUCUGCUUUCAAUUGAAAGCAGAUUGUAUUGACUCACCCACAUUCAUUUUUAUCUCAAAGUUCAACAUUAUGAAUGCUUUCAGGGAUCUUACUUGCCUAUUAAACGAGAUGCUGUCAUUAAGCAGUUCAUUUAUUAUUCUGGGGUGUUUGGAUUCUUGGGUUCAUAUGCGAUUCGCUGAUUCUUGAAUGCAUAUUUGUGAAUAAUUAUCUUGGAGUUGCGGAACUGCCAAAUCUGGAAACUAACAUUUUUACCAUUUGGAGUAUUGGGUUCUGUAAUUUUAAUAAAUUCUAUUAGUUGAGCUGUUUACUGUGAUUCGCAUGCCAAUUCAGCGCGAUUCGUGCGUUUCAGAAAUUCAUUUUCCAUUUUUAGCUUAUUUUUCUGCUAUUUUACGAUUUGUGGCACGGAAUUCAUAAAAUAUAGAUACAAUUCAAAACUUGGUUACUUGGGUUUUCUCAGUUUCUAAAGAAACCAGUACUUCAAAAGAUUGGGUUUCAAUAAGAGAAAUUAUGUUCUGCUUGUAAAGCAUAACACUAUGUUAGACACCAUGGAUAUGCCCAAGCUUCAUCUUAAAAAGGAGCUUUCUGCUCUAAGUAAGUCUCGGUUCCUGAAGGACCCUGCAACCUCUUCUUCAUGGAAAUCUCCAGCAAGUAAUCGCUCCGCUCCUAAUGCAAAGAGCCAUCAGGUGUAUGAAGGCCUACCCAAUGGAACAAAGAACUCCCACUCAUGUGAAUUUGAGUUUAACUGUUCAUCUAGGGUUGAUGGGGGCGGGAAAAGGGUUUAUCUUCACAAUUGGAGAUGCCAACCUGCUAGAGAAGGUGAAUUAUCUAUGGCUUCAUCUUAUUUGAGUGGGUUCAAUUCAGAUAAGGAUGGAAGUCUUGGUAUAGUUUCGGAGAGUCCCAGUUCUCUCAUAGAAGAUAUAUCCAAGAUAACCAUUAAGAAUCUCGGCGGCAAAACUUCAAAAAUGAAUAUGCAUGGGGAUUCGUUUUCUCUUCUUGAAAUGCAUUUAACCACUGGCUAUGUUGACCAAUUUGAUAACAUGGGUCCAUGUACUUCUGAGGAACUAGGGUUCUCCAUGGACACAUUGCUUCCAUAUUCCGGAUAUAAUUCACGUUGCGAAUCCCCCCUACUCUCGAGAUGGGAAAUUGGGUCCGAAGCCAGCAGUUUUAAUGGUGAAAAAUGGUCUCUUUCUUCCAGAAUAAUGAAAGGCAGUAGAAAUAGGAAUGACACUUGUACACCUACUUCUACUUGCUCUAAUAGUAGGACUGGUGACAUGAUCCUUAAUGCCAGUACUAUGGAGUCUUCUGAUGGGAUGGGUUUCUCAGAUGCUGAUGAAAUACAUGGCAUGGGUUUACCCCCUCAUGGAUGUGGGCUUCCUUGCUACUGGUCUAGGGGUCGAAAGCAUAGGAUUUGUAAGGGGUGUUUUUCUCCUUCUCUAUCAGAUACUCUGCGGAAAAGAGGCAGUGCCUUGUUUGGCAGAUGUGGCUCUGGGUCACGUAAAGAGAGAGCAGUAAGUGAACUUAAAUGUAAUGUAUCUUUACAUGAUGACCUGCCUUUGUUAACUGGUGGUUCAGAAAAUGAAUUUGCAGAACUUGAAUCAGAUGCUACGAGUAAAAUGGACAAAAGAAAAUGGUCUCCUUGUAAAAGGCAAGAAAGCCUGCAACAGGUUGUAUCACCAGGAUAUAGAGAUAAUGCACUUUAUGUUGAGAACAAUGUAACUUUGAGUCAGAAAUAUAGACCCAUAUCCUUCAACGAAAUAAUCGGGCAAAAUUUUGUGGUGCAAUCCCUUAUAAAUGCAGUUUUAAGAGAGAAGAUAGCACCUGUUUAUUUAUUUCAAGGUCCUCAUGGGAUUGGGAAAUCAAGUACUGCGAGGGUACUAGCAGCUGCUCUGAAUUGUUUGUUAGUGGAAGGUAUCAAACCAUGUGGGUCAUGUAGAGAAUGUGCUGAUUUUGCUUCUGGGAGAAUUGGGUAUUUGAGGGAAGUGAAUUCAGCUAACAAGAAUGACUUAGAUAAAGUUCGGAAUUUUUUGAGGAACCAGUCUCUUGGGUUACCUUUUCCAGGGUUCAGAGUUUUCGUUAUUGAUCAAUGUCACAUGCUGCCAUAUGCAUUGUGGGUGGCAUUUUUCAAGCGCAUAGAAGAUAAGCCAGUAAGGGUUGUCUUCAUAUUUAUAACUUCGGAGCCAGAUAAAUUGCCUCGAGCCAUUAUUUCACGAUGUCAGAAGUACGUUUUCCAGAAGAUGAAAGACACUGAUAUAGUGAACAGGUUGGAGAAGCUUGCAGUGGCAGAAAAUCUGGAAUUUGACUUAGAAGCACUGGAAUUGAUUGCAAUGACAUCAGAUGGUUCGCUUCGGGAUGCAGAGAUCAUGCUUGAACAGUCGACUUUGCGAGGACAAAGGAUAACUGUAUCUCUAGUAAACGACCUUGAUGGUGUUAUUCCAGAUGAGAAGUUGCUGGAUCUUCUUGAUCUAGCUUUAUCAUCUGACAAUGCGGAAACUGUAAAAAGAGCAAGGGAGCUGAUAGACUCUGGUGCUGAUCCAGUGGAAUUAAUGUCCCAGUUAGCCACUUUGAUUAUGGAUAUUCUUGCAGGCAGCGGAUCUUUGACUGAAGCAGAGCUAGAGAAACUGAGGCAAGCACUGAACAUUCUCUCUGAAGCUGAGAAGCAGUUAAAGGCAUCGACUGACCAGUGCACAUGGUUCACUGCCGCCCUAUUACAGAUUGGUUCCAACCAUUGCCCAACACCCAUGACUCAACCGGGUAUCAGUCCCGAUAAUUCAAAAAAUUUAGACCAAAGUGUUGUAAUUCAGAGCUUCUCAGAUGGUAAAGUUCCCAGUGACCUAAGUAAGUCAGGCUCUUUAAAUGGGCAGGCCAAGUUAAAGCCAAAAGUUAGGGAUGAAAUUGUGGUAAGUAACUCACAUGGAGAGCAUGCGUCUUGCCAUUCUGAGGUUGUGAAUUAUGGUUCUGAAACUUCACUAAGUGGGAUUAGAUGCACAAAUCCAAGCCAGCUAGAUGAGGUCUGGGGACUAAGUGUUCAGGGGUGUUAUCCCAUCACACUGAGGCACAUGCUCCAUGCCCAUGGAAAGUUGGUGCUGAUUUCUGAAGAGGAUGGUAAAAUUAUUGCCCAGAUAGAAUUCUCACACCUUGAUCAUAAAGCCAUAGCAGAGAGAUUCUUGAGCUCUAUCGCUGGCUCUAUCGAAAUGGUCUUGAAGUGUAAUGUAGAGGUCAGAAUGCAUCAUCUCUCUGCAAAUGGGGGAUCAAAAAACUCAGGACCAGAAGAGUCGAGUGUUUCAGGAGGAAAGCAAAUGAGAAUACAUGGAGAAGAAUCGAAAGUACUUGGAGAUGUAUUGAUUGGUUCUAAUUCCUCUUCUGUAACGGAUGAGGAAUUGAGGUUGGAAAGCGCUUGGCUACAAGCGACUGAGAAGUGUAUGCCAAGGGUGGUGGAUAGCUUAGAGAGAGAAGCUGAUUUUGUCAGGGAGAGUGAAGCCUUUGUUGACAACCCAAUGGUGCCUGAGCAGGCUGGAGUUUCAGCGGAUGAUGACACCUCAGCAUUGCAGCCCCAUGAAAGGGGGAGCUAUCAGAGGGACCGGAGCAAGAGUAGUGAUUGUAACGGCCCGUCCCUGAGCUUAUUGAGUAAAGGCAAUAUCGAAGCUGGUUUAGAAAAUGAAAGAGGAUAUGAAUCUGGACCUAAUUCAAGUGGCAUUUGUUGUUGGAAAGUUUCGAAACCGACUCAAGAGAAGGCAAAACAAAACUCAGGAGAUCGUCAGAGAAGUGGCUUAAAUCGAAACUCUGGUGAUUGUCAGAAAAGUGGGCACUCUUUAUGGGUCAUACCCUGCGUUAAAUCCAAAAAAUAAUUUAUGUUUGUGUAUCAUGUUACUGGUGAGAGUUUAUAAAGCAAGUGUUCCUGCCUGGCCGAAUUUUACUUUUCAAAGAGGCAUUUCUUUUUGCUCAUUUUUGGAGUCACAAACAUUGUUUCUAGUUUGGUUUUUUUCUGUAUCAUGUACAUUAUGCUGAGCAAUUUGUCCAAACCCGUAUGUACUCCCUCCACUUGCUAAUGGAAUUUGAACUCGAGGGAUGAGGUCCAUGCUGCAGGGUUACAUUAACGGCUCUCAAAACCUUUUGAGAAGCAAGAAACCUGAGAGAGAUUGUAAAGUGGUUGAAGAUACACAGGUAUUUUUUAACAGGGAUUUAUCUAUGUGCCUUCAAUUGAUGGAGAAGGCGAAGGGGUGGCACAUACUUCUCACCUUAGCAUGGCUGGAGCAUGGCUCAAGCUGCGCAAAAAUGUGUUUGUGGUAUCAAUGGUAUCUGGUAUGUGUUAGUGUCUUACCAAAAAAAGUAAAUCGAGAGGGCGUCAUAUGCUGCACCUCUGUUGAGUGGGUGACUGACGUUGCACCUCCAGGCUAAACGGACGAUCGAGAUCCAAGUUUUUAUGUGGGAAAGGUCCUUGAUUCAGCAAUAAAUGGAUGUGAUCAUUCGUUGAGUGGAAAUAAAGGGCUUGGAUCUUUUUCGCGCGUC